GAUAAUGACAAUGUUCUUUAUUUCUAUUGAAAAACUUUGUUAUUAAAAACGUCGUUUGAAUUAUCAAGAAGUUGAUAAAUGAUUGGCAAGGAAUGCAUGAAUGAAUAUGUUAUUAAACGGAAUUCAAGUGCAUUUUAUGAACUUAUGCUUAUACUUUGAAAACAGUUUUAUUCUGGAGUUUCAAGUGAAAUGACGGCCAUAAAAGUACUUCUAAGCGUCUCAGUAUUUCUACUCCUUGCCAUAAUAGGAUCUGCACAGUUUCUGGACAGAAGAUGCUUGGCAAAGACUUUCCAGCCCAGAAUUAUUGGAGGUCAAAAUGCCAGACGAGCUCCAUGGAUGGCUUACUUAAUUCGAAAAGGAGCUUAUGUAGGCGGAGGCUCACUUAUUGCUCACCGCUUUGUUCUUACCGCUGCACAUUGCUCAAAAGUCAACGAAACUAUAUAUGUAAGAUUGGGUGAAUAUGAUUUAUCCACGACACAAGAUGGCCCAACAGAAGUUUAUCAAACGAUAUAUAUCUUUCGUCAUCCACAUUAUAAUGUGAUCAUGCAGGUCAAUGACAUAGCCAUACUUAAACUGGAUCGAUCUGUGGUAUAUAAAGCUACAAUCAGGCCGAUUUGCAUCAUAAUAGACCCUAGUAUAAGGUCACUGAUUCACCGCAUUCAGAACUUUAGUUUGACUGGUUGGGGUCAGACCUCUCAGUACUAUAAGAUGCCCACGAAGCUUCAACAAAUGACUGUUCGUCGUCAUAACUAUAUUCAUUGCUAUAAUCAAGUGGAUAAGAUAUGUGCCAGCAAUCCCACUCAGUUUUCCUGCCAAGGUGACGCUGGAAGUCCGUUGAGUGCCCAGGUGAUCUACAAUGGCAGUACUAUCUCUGCCUUAUUUGGUGUGGCCAACACAGUCACGGCUAAUUGCAAAGGUUAUGGCAUUUACUCCGAUGUCUUUCACUAUACACCCUGGAUUGUGGAAAAUGUGCGACGAAAUUGGAAUUAAGAGAAUUACUUAUAAAAGAUGAAAAGCCACCUUUAAUUUUUAGAUAGGUUUUUAGAGCUGCCAAAAAAGAAACGAAUUCAAAAUCUCUUCAAAAAUCUAUUUUGAAACCAAAUUAAUCUCAAAACACCUUAAAUAAACUUAUGUUUAAAAUAUUAUAAA